GCCUCCUCGUCUUUCUUCGCGUCCAAGAACCACCCGGUCGCUGGCGAUCGAUCGCCCGAUGACUCAAGGACGAGCUUGGAUUCUCCGAGGAGGAGGCUGAUCGAUGCGGGGCUAAUUGGAUCCGCAAGAGGAUUUGCCACUGAUACUCUGGCUCCAAGACAGCAACAGGAUCUAGGUUUAGCUGACCUCCCAGCAACUGUUGCGGCUGUGAAGAACCCAACCUCCAAAAUUGUCUACGACGAAUACAACCAUGAGCGCUUUCCUCCGGGUGACCCCAGCAAGCGUGCAUUCGCCUACUUUGUACUAACUGGUGGAAGGUUUGUCUACGCUUCUCUCCUCCGUCUCCUAGUCCUCAAGCUCGUCCUCAGCAUGUCGGCGAGCAAAGACGUCCUCGCCCUUGCUUCCCUUGAGGUCGAUCUCUCCAACAUCGAGCCGGGGUCCACCGUCACCGUCAAGUGGAGGGGGAAACCGGUGUUCAUCCGUCGCAGGACUGAGGACGACAUUAAGCUUGCCAACAGUGUCGAUGUUGCGUCCCUUCGGGAUCCUCAGGAGGACGCAGCUAGGGUUAAGAACCCCGAGUGGCUUGUGGUUGUUGGUGUUUGCACGCAUCUGGGUUGCAUUCCUCUGCCGAAUGCUGGGGAUUAUGGGGGUUGGUUCUGCCCAUGCCAUGGAUCACAUUAUGAUAUCUCCGGAAGGAUUCGCAAGGGACCGGCUCCAUUCAAUCUGGAGGUCCCAACGUAUAGCUUCUUGGAGGAGAACAAGUUACUCGUUGGCUGAGUUUGUAGAAGGUAAGUAAUUUCCUCUCUUUUUUUUUUACCCCCCUUGCUUACCUCAGCUUGAAAUUUACACUCGCCAGAUGUUUCUGGAUCUUUGGACACUGUAUUGACAAUAAUUGUUCUUAACCUUGUUCGGUCGUCACAUGGUUUUGUUAUGUUUUUGUGUAUUUGGCGCUCUGGAAUGUUUUUAAGCAGGGUAUUAUUUGUAAUAAAGAUGCUUUUUCUUAAAGAGAAACAUCAUACAGUGAUAGUUGGCUGGUUGGAAUCUGGUCGGUAUUUUAUCAUUUUCUUUUAGGCCAAACUGAGUUUGAAUCGUGCGCCUGGCACAGAGUUCUGUAUCUUUGAACACCGUUGAAAAUAAUUUUGACGAACC